ACCAUAUCUAUCGUUAACUCUACUAUGUACAUGUUACCAAUCAAAGCCAAUAAAAUCUAAGUUAGUUGCAGCGGUUAUUUAGUUAAUAAAAAAAUUAUUACAAUAAAAGCGCAUACUUGUCACCAGUUAAAACUAAUAAAAUCUAAGUUAGAUUGCGGCGAUUACUUAGUUAAUAAAAAAAUUAUUACAACAAAAAACGUCAACUCUACUACGUGUGACCAAGUAAAACCAAUAAAAUCUAAGUUAAAUUGAUCAGUUAGUUAAUCAGAAAAUUAUCAUAACAAAAACAUCCAACUCUACUACGUGUCACCAGUUAAAACCAAUAAAAUCUAAGUUAAAUUGCAGCGAUCACUUAGUUGAUAAGAAGAUUAUUAUAACAAAAAUGUCAACUCUACUACGUGUCACCAAUUAAAACCAAUAAAAUCUAAGAUAAGUUCUGGCGAUUACUUAGUUAAUAAGAAAAUUAUUACCACAAAAUUGUCACCAAUCAUAACCAAUAAAAGCUAAGUCAAAUUGCUGCACUGCACUACACAGGAGAGAGAGGUUGACUGCGACAGACAAUGGCCGUUCCAAGGGAAGUCAAUGUGAUGGAACAAAACAAUGUUGACUGUGAUAUUGCUGCUGAAUACGAGUUUUACUCGCAUCUCGGUGCCUUAGCCGACGCAGCUGAGUUCGGUGACGUCGUCGCCUUGGGCACAGCCAUUGACACUAUGCAUGGGCUUACUGACGAGCCACUUAAGAAUAGUGACACGGCACUUCACCUGGCGUGUCUAUAUGGUAACCUCCCUUGUGUUGAGCUUCUCCUGGAAAGAGGAGCUGAUAUGGAGGUUACAGAUUUAUAUAGAGCAACUCCUCUACAUAAUGCUUGUGAUGGGGGAUACUUAGACAUAGUAGAGUUUCUUUUAAGCCGAGCUAGUUGUCCUGAAUGUGCAAAGAGAAUGAUUGAAACAAUCGACCUACAAGGUGACACUCCUCUGCAUAAUGCAGCGAGAUAUGAGUAUGUCGAUGUGAUUAGGCUUUUGCUAAGUUCAGGGGCUUCACCAACGACUAAAAACUCCAGCGGGCAGACACCAGGUGAUUUAGCUGGUAUAAACAGUGAGGCUAGGAGGAUCCUCGAAGUUGCGGUUGGCAACUCAUCAAUCUCCUAGUGAUCUGCAAUCUGCAAAAUUCUUAGGCCUGUGAAGUUGGACCUUAUCUUCUUCUUUUUUUUAUCUUAUUAUUGACUAUUUCUAUACAAAGGAUUAUACUCUUUUUUUUUUUUAAUUUGAAACUACAAAGGAUUAUAAUCUUUAUACCAAUGAAUUAUGAACAUCAUGUCGGUUUCAGUUUAAGAAGAUUGUUAUCAGAUUAAUAGAUUUGAAUGUGUUCUCUCGUUAGCCUUUAUAUAAUAAAGGUGAACAGGACCUUUCUGAUCGAGUUGCAAGACUCUGCUGCAUGCAUAUAGAGCAAAGCAAUGGUUAAAAGCCAAAAACUAAGCAAGACAAAGUAGUAACUAGAUCGUGGCUCUCAUGCAUAGUUUUUUUUUUUUUUGAACUUUUCAUGCAUAGUUCUUAUUCGUCUAAAUUCAAACCCCUAAAAUUAGAUUGAAUAUAUAAAUUGAAAACAAACCAUAAGAUCUUUUUUUUUUGUCACUAUACAACAACAUUCAUUAAGAGCAAAAUUAAACGAAUAAUAAGUUAGUGGGUUAAAAAGUGAAGAAUUCAGAAAUAAAGACCCCCAAA